CACUGAAGUAGACAACAGAUCCUGCAGCAGAAAUCCAUUCAGCAACAAAGUCAAAGAUGAACAGAGCAACAGUUAUAAUGACUGUCAUCCUGCUCCUGUGUGCUAUUGCUGCACAGGGUAUUCCAAUCCUAGAUACCCAAGGACGGUGUCAGUGUCCCAGGACCAGCUCUGAUUUUAUCAAUCCAAAGAUCAUCAAGAAUUUACAAUACAUUCCCAAAGGACCACAUUGUGAGACACAAGAGAUAAUCAUCACCACGAAAAAAGGGCAGAGAUUUUGUGUGAGCCCUGAUGCCGAGUGGGUGAAGAUUAUCAUUAGAUCCAGGAAAGGUUCCAGGCCACGAAACUAAGAAAUGAAGCUGCAAUGGGAUUCACUUGAUUGCAGACCGAGGAAUGUGCUGUACAGUGAACACUGAAAUGAAGGAAGGUCCCUGCAGGGCAUUCACUUUCUGAUAUCACUGUUCAGUAUGUUGUUUGACACUUCCCCUACAUUGACUCUCUGAAAUGUAUUUCACUGUUUAACCCUCUAAUUUUGUAAUUGUAUACACAGAGCCUAAGAAAUCAGGCUGCUAUUGUGAAAGUUUGUGCCAUGUUGGAGGUUUUCUUUUCAUGGGAUGUGAUUUGUAGGAUUAAUCCAAAUACGGUCGAGCACUGUCAGCAAAUACUAUACGACUGAAAGCAAUUUGUUAACUUUCUCCCUAAGUAUUGGAAAAUAAUUUCUGAUCAUCAAAAGGUGCAGGUAGUAAAGGAAAUAUUAACUUGUGAACUUAGGAAGGGAUCAAAAUAAAACAGAUCUGUUGAUUUUCAAAUGCUUUUGAUAUUCAGAUAAUUGGUAACAUUUUUUCAAUAGUUUGAUUUAUUGACUAUUAGUAAAGUAUUUCACUAAAUUUGUGCAUUGCUGCCAAAGCCCUCACCCAUUCCUUUAUGCAUGUGUGAAUGUGCUGGUAAGCUACUUUGUUGAACUGUUGCAGUCCUUGUGGCUCUGAAGAGAGGAAAGAUCUGAUGGUAAAAAAGGAUAAUGGUUGAAAGCAAAAUAGACAACAAUGGGGCAAGUAAAGGAACAAAAGCUGUGUUUUGAGGGAUGUAAAUCACCACAGUCCAAACAGAAGAUGGAGGUGCAGGCAUUGUGAUUGGAAACUGUUUACCCAUAGUGUUGAUUCUGGAGGCUGUAAAGUGGCCUGUCAAAAAUUGAGGUAAUGUUUCUUGAGACAAUACUGAGUUGUAUUGGAACAAUACAGGAAAAUAUGGACAUAGUAUUUAAAGUGGGAAUUUAGAAGCACUGUAGUGUGACAUUGUCUCAAUCUCAGUUACAAUCCAAAUUUAAUCUUUAGUUCCAGUUUGAAUGAAACCUUUCAUGUCAAAAUUCAAGAUCAAUUGAUUGACAUUAACAUUACCACAAUUUUACUGUAGUGUUUAUCAAUCACUGACAUUUUAAGUAAACCUUGGGAAUUUGUUGCUAUGAUAUCAAACCUUAGGAUCUAUCCAAAGCUGAAGUCUGUGAGAAGUACGUCAAUAGAAAUUAUAUUACAUGUUAAAUGGUUACGUUUAUCACGUAAUAUUAACAGGCAUUAACAACAUUUAUAAAUAAAACUUAGCUCUGUGAAGGGAGAUUUUUGUACUGAGAGAUUUUCAUGCUGGAAGUAUAUUGACUGCAAGUUUCAGAACACUUUGUGUAAAAGUUGUCUUGUAAA